UUCAACUGCUGUUUACCCGCUAUUUACCUACGACUCAACUGCAAUUUACCAGCCAGUAAAAAAAAAAAAAAAACGGUUUUUUUUAAGACCAACUCAAUUAUAUUUAUAAUUUUUAUUUUUUUGUAUUUAAUAUUAGUUUUUAUCAAGUUUUUUUUCAGCAAUGAUUUUUUAGAAUGGCACUGAUGGAUCACACCUACGUCAUCCCCGCAAAUCAAGAAGAAGUUGGUGUCCCAAACAUCCACCUUCUGGAUCACACCUACGUCCAACAAUUGCCUGUGGUUCAGAUUCAAGCACAACAAGAAGAAAAUGGAGAAGAAGCACAAGCACAAGACAAAGAAGUGGAAGAAGCACCAGCGCAAGAUGAAGAGGAAGAAGAAGCACCAGCACAAAAUGAAUAUGAAGAAGAAGCUGCACCAAGGGACAUAUAGGAUAAUUCCCGGCAUUCGACUCAACUCGAAAUUUUAUGUGGACAAUUUUGGAUAUAAAUAUUAUCAAAAAAAAGUACUCAUCAAUCGAAUAAUGAUAUGUGAGCUAGAAAAAAAAGUCAACCGUCGUAUAUGUCAUGGUACAGCAUCCAUCAGUAGAAAUGAGAUGGACAACCACAUCUUGAUUGUAAACCCACACAAUCAUGAGCCCGGAGACAUUGAUUUAAAUGUACCAUUCCUGAGGAAUGCUCUCGGUGAGAGAGCUGUUGAUCGGACUAUCACAACUCAAUCAAUUCGACGUCUAUAUAAUAGCGAAAUAAUUAGGCAUCCCGAAGCUGCCAUUCGCUAUACAUUCCUCCAAUCACAAUCAAGGGCAAAAGGGACGAGACAGUCAAGGCGCCCACGGUUACCUAAGGACAUGCACGACCUUUCAGAAAUGUUGAAAGACCCCCGGAAUGCAAAUUAUGCUUCCACAUUUCAAAUUCCUGCAACUGCAUUUUUCAAUCAAGAAUUGAUUGUAAAUGGAGUAAGUAUUGGAAUUAUUUUUGCAAAUAUUUCUGCAAUUGAAAGGUAUCGUGAACAGUUGGCUACAGUAGAGAUGGUUGGAAUAGACGGUACAUAUAAGACGCGUCCUCAAGUGUCAGGAGACUUGCGAUAUUUCUUGACAUUUCAAAUACUCUACAAAAGUGUAAAUGGCACUGAUGGAUCACACCUACGUCAUCCCCGCAAAUCAAGAAGAAGUUGGUGUCCCAAACAUCCACCUUCUGGAUCACACCUACGUCCAACAAUUGCCUGUGGUUCAGAUUCAAGCACAACAAGAAGAAAAUGGAGAAGAAGCACAAGCAAAAGACAAAGAAGUGGAAGAAGCACCAGCGCAAGAUGA